AUGAGCGACUCGUCACUGGCUUUAGACUAUGAAGAUAGCUCACACAGUUCGAGCAGCUCUCGAUCGUCUUCAAGAGAGAACAAAAAAAGAAGAACCAGAAGCAGAAGUGGUAGCAUUCGCAAUGAUAAGCCGAUGUGGAAUAAGAAAAAAUCUUCAUCAAGUCGAAGCUCCAGUCGUUCCAGUGCAUUGAGUUCCAGAUCACGGUCAUCAAAACCUGCAGCGAGAAGUCCAUCACCAAAACGUAAACGCGAACCGAUUCGAGCUCCCAGUUUAUCUCCUAGUCGACGACGCAGUAACUCUCCUAGACACAGGAGAACAUCCCCCGUUCGUCGUAGGAGCCCUUCUCCUAGAAGAUCAAAGAAUAACUUUUCUCAUCGUUCUCCUAAAAGAAGGCGCAUAUCAAGAAGUCGUUCCCCACCCAUUCGAAGAAGACGACACAGCAAAAGUGGCUCUCCUUUACCUUCCCGAGGUCGAGCGUCCAGAAGUCGAUCACCGCCCAGAAGACGUCAGCGACACUCUCGAAGUCCUCAACCAACCAGAAGAAGAGAUAGAAGUCGUAGUAACCCUCCAGGAGCUAAAUCCCCACCACGAAGAAACUAUAGGCGACAGAGAUCAGGUUCGACGUCUCCAGAAAAUUGGAAACAGUCAGAAGAGAGAAGAAGAGAAGGAAUGUGGCUGGCACGAAGGUCGGACCGUAUUGAGAUACAAGCAAUGGGAUUUGAGAAAAUUUGGGGACAUUCGCCGAGUCAGGAGGAGAUACAAGAAACCUAUAAAUUAAGAGUUGCCGCUGAAGAGAUUCAAGCUGAACAUGCGAAGAAAGGAGAAGAGUUGAAAGAAGACAGACGAAAGGCCAAAAAGAGAGAAAUGCGAGCUGUGAGGAAUGUUUCAGAAGACGAUUCAUCAACAUCUUCAGAAUCAGAUGAAAGUGAAAAGGAAGACCGUAAAAAAGUGAAGAAGUCUAAGAAAAGUAAGAAGAGUAAGAAGAAGGAUAAAAAAAAGAGUAAGAAGGCUGAUAAAGAAAAAGAAGAACGACGAGCAAGACGAGAACAGAGAAAGAAGGAAAGAGCUGAAUUGAAAAGGAAACAAAAUAAUCGUUCGGAUACUGAAGAGGAAUGGGAGGAGAAGCAACCCGAGAAGGUGACUGGAACUAUCGGAACAUGGAGAGAAGGCAGUAUGUCACCUACUCCUAUUCUUCCAGAGCAUAUUAAACAACGUGAUCAAGGAGGGGCUUUCGAGAUAGAGAAGCCUGGUAAUUAUGGAAAAGAUCUGCUCAAAGGAGAAGGAGCCGGCAUGGCUGCAUACGCCGCUCGCGGAGAACGUAUUCCUAGGCGUGGAGAAAUCGGAUUGUCGUCUGGUGAGAUCGCAGAAUAUGAAAAAGUUGGUUAUGUCAUGUCUGGAUCGAGGCACAAAGCUAUGGAGGCAACUCGGUUGAGAAAAGAGAAUCAGGUGAGUGAAUGGGUUUCGCUAAUUCGUGAAAAGCAACAUUUUUUUAAGAUUUUGACAGCAGAGGAAAAGCGUCUUCUAAGUGGUGUUUCAAUGGAAGCCAAGAAGAAGAAGGAAGAAGCGGUUCUAGAGCAGUUCCGAAGUUUGAUUCGCAACAAGAAUAUGCGCAACUGA